AUGACCUUCACAGCCUCAUAUAUACACCUUUCUUUUUUGUCUUUUUUCACUGUCAUCCUUCUUGUUCAAGCAAAACUAAACCUUUACUCACCUGAUCACAGUGCUCUUUUGCUUGUCCAAAAAGGCUUAGGCAUCCCUGCUCAGCGCAAUGUUCUUGAGAACCCAUGCAACUCUGUUGGAAUAUCAUGCGAAAAACGACUCAUAAACAAUUCAAAUGUGCUAAGAGUCACAAGGGUUGUCUUCAAAUCCUACGGGUUGAAGGGUACUCUGUCUCCUGCCAUUGGGAGGCUUUCUGAGCUCAAAGAGCUGUCCCUCCAAAACAACAAACUCUUUGACAGAAUACCAACUGAAAUAGUUGACUCCAGAAAAUUGGAAAUCUUGAACCUUCAAAACAACCAAUUUUCUGGCAAAGUCCCACCUGAAUUAUCAUCUCUAGUCCGACUUCGUAUCCUUGACCUUGGCUCUAAUGAGUUAUCUGGGAACCUGAACUUCUUGAAAUACUUUCCUAACCUUGAAAAACUCUCCCUUGCUGAUAACAUGUUUACUGGCAGAAUACCUCAAUCCUUGAAAUCUUUCAGAAAUCUCCGGCUCCUCAACAUUUCAGACAAUAGUUUCCUUGAAGGUACGGUGCCUGUCGUGAGUCAAGUUGAGCACUUAUCAACAGACUUAAAUCGAAAAGAUUAUGUUCUUAAGCGUUACAUUCUUGCUGAGAACGCAACAAGGCCACGGCACAGCCCUGCAAUGGCACCGGAGUCCAAAUCAAGAUAUGCCCAAGCUCCAGGACCUAGUACAGUUGUAGUACCAGUAAAAAAAGACAAACAUAACAAGAUCAGAAGGAAGGUAGGCGCCUGGAUUCUUGGAUUCUUUGCUGGAGUUUUCGCUGGGGGCUUAUCAGCGUUGAUCUUCUCCGUCCUCUGCAAGGUGCUUAUGUUUUUGAUCAGAGGGAUCAGAAAUGAUCCAGGCUUAACAAUUUUCAGUCCAUUGAUUAAGAAAGCCGAGCACUUGGCCUUUCUGGAGAAUGAAGAUGGAUUGGAAUCACUAGAACUCAUUGGGCAAGGUGGAUGUGGAAAAGUUUAUAAAGCUGCAUUACCUGGAAGUGACGGAAAGAUUAUAGCUGUAAAGAAGAUCAUACAACCACCAAAGGAUGCUGCAGAACUCACUGAGGAAGAUAGCAAGGCUAUGAAUAAGAAAAUGCGCCAGAUUAAAUCAGAAAUCAAAAUUGUAGGUCAAAUCAGACACCGGAAUUUGCUUCCCCUACUGGCGCAUAUGCCAAGACCAGACUGCCACUACUUGGUCUAUGAGUACAUGAAAAAUGGGAGCUUACAGGAUACCCUCCAGCAAGUCAGAGAGGGGAAACGGGAACUAGAUUGGUCGGCACGUCACCGAAUUGCAAUGGGAAUAGCUGCUGGACUCGAGUAUCUCCAUAUAAAUCAUACUCAGCGUAUAAUUCACAGAGAUCUAAAGCCAGGCAAUGUCCUCCUGGAUGAUGACAUGGAAGCUCGAAUUGCGGAUUUUGGCCUUGCAAAGGCUGUCCCAGAUGCUCAUACACAUAUUACAACUUCAAAUGUGGCAGGAACUAUAGGAUACAUCGCUCCAGAAUAUCAUCAGACACUGAAGUUCACUGAUAAGUGUGAUAUAUACAGCUUUGGGGUGCUGCUAGGCGUGCUAGUUAUGGGAAAGCUUCCAUCUGAUGAGUUCUUCCAAAACACGUCUGAGAUGAGUUUAGUGAAAUGGAUGAGAAAUGUCAUGACUUCUGAGGAUCCAAACAGAGCAAUUGAUCCAAAGCUGAUGGGUAAUGGAAAUGAGGACCAAAUGCUUUUGGUUCUCAAGAUUGCCUGCUUUUGUACCAUGGAGAAUCCCAAGGAGAGGCCUAAUAGUAAGGAUGUUAGGUGCAUGUUGAUGCAGAUCAAGCAUUAA